UUCAUCGCCGUCGCGUUGAAACGUGACAUUUCAACAGCAAUAUCAUUUACGAAAAUCUGUGUUUCGUGAAUUGUCUUAUCGUUGUAACGUGCUGAAAUUUUUUUUUAUACAUUGAAACGCAUGACGUAGAAACAACGAGGAUACUUGACAUACACGAGUGUGAACAGUUUGAACUCGUUCCUCUGCGAAACAGAAAUACAAAUAUGCGACCAUUGAAAAUCAUUGUCUAUCUGUUUUAUAUUCACUCGUCUAUCGCAGAAUUGAAACUUGUCCAAACAGUAUUUAGACAUGGACAUAGAACACCUACCAAUGGUACCAUGAUAUAUCCAAAUGAUCCUUAUGUUAAUCUAACAUACGAACCAGAAGGAUAUGGAGCUUUAACGAAUAAGGGCAAAAUGACAGCGUACAAGCUUGGAGAAUACUUCCGAGAAUUGUACGGUGAAUUUUUAGGACCACUUUACUCAAACCAAGAUAUUCAGUUUUAUUCCAGCAAUGUUGAUCGGGUCAUAAUGACUACAGAAUUGGUGGCAGCUGCAUUAUAUCCUCCAGUUGGAGAACAAAGAUGGAAUCAUCAUUUAAACUGGCAACCUGUACCAGUAUGGCCACUGCCAUCACAUAACAAUAUGUAUGGCGCGGUAUUUUGCAAAAGUUAUAAGCAAUUGUCGUCGGCAAUCCAGGCGACGGAUCCAGAUAUAAAACGUUAUAUAGAAAAAAAUAAGGAUGUGUAUAAGUAUCUGAGUUAUUAUGCAGGGAGUAACAUUACACAAGAUAAAGUAUUCAAGUUGCGUCAAAUAUUGUUUGCAGAGAGAGAUAUUGGCUUAGAAUUGCCUGAAUGGACAAAGUCAGUAUUCCCAGAUGGAAAACUAGACGAACUUGCUGUAUCUGAUAUUCGUAUUCGAACCCGUACUACGAAAUUAAAACAAUUAUCAGGUGGUAUGUGGAUCAAAGUAUUGCUAGAGAAUGUUGAUAACUAUUUAAACAAAAAGGAUACUAAGAAAGCAUUUAUGUACGGUGGUCACGAGUUGAAUAUUGCUUUUAUUCUUGCGGCACUUGAUAAUUUUGAUAACCAAAUUCCAUAUUACUGUAGCACUAUUAUAUUCGAAUUACACGAAGACAAUAAUGAAUAUUAUGUACAGCUACUUCAUAAGGAUAAAGAUGACGUCCGAACGUUGAAAAUACCUGGAUGCGAUGACAAAAUGUGUCCAUUGGAUACUUUUAGAAAGGUUGUAGAACCUAUAAUUCCCGAAGAUGUGGUGGCAUUAUGUGGAAAUGGAGAUUCCAAUUAAUAGAGUUAAAUACUAAAUUAAUUAUUUGUGUUUCUUAAAAUGUAAUUUAAUCGUUAGCACAAUGAUGGGUAUUAAAAGGUUUAAUUUGUAAUAGAAAUUUUAUCCAUAAUCUGUCCAAUGGGAUACAGGGUCAGCGCAGAGUUGUUUACAGUUUUUCAAACGCUGAAUUUGUAAACACUUACUGACUCGUCAUAUAUAAAUAUAAUGAAUAAAUAUGGA